UUUUCAUGAUUGUAAUACUCUAUUAUAAUCAAUAAGAUUUUCAUUGUAUAUGCAAUCUAUUUGAUAUGUAAUUAUUUCUUUUGAUUUUAAAGAAGUAAUAUAAUUCUCAAAAAUAAAUAUAGGGACAAUUAGUCAAAAAUAACAUAAAUAUGCACUCGUAAACCUUUCACUAAAAAAAUUAAAAUUUUGAUAUUAAACUUCACAUCACAUAAUAUAAUAUACAUUCAAUUAAAUCAUCAAUAUUUCUUGUAAGGAUUUAAAGUCGAUAUACCCAUUAAAAACUAUAAAUUUAAAGGAGGUUUGACAUCAUACCCAAUAAAAUUAUUCUAUACAUCAAAUAUCCCAAUUAUCCUCUAAACUGCUUUAGUUUCAAACCUUUAUUUUCUCUCUCAAUUCCUAUAUAGAAAUUUCAGAGGCAAUUUCUUGAUUAGAUUACUUGGUCAUUGGUAAGAAUUAGAUGGUGUAUAAACUGUUCCAAUUGGUGGAUUAGUUUAUUAUGUUUCACCUCCAAAAUCAAUUUCUGAAGCCAUCUUCGAUCCAAUCCAUAUCAGUAUUGUACAUUGCUUACAUUCUUGGAACAAGUGCAGCAUCACCAAAGAUUUAUCGAGUCUAUUUAAUUUUUUAAGUUGCCAAAUUACUUAAUGAAUUGGAUAUGUAAAUUGUAAGACAUAGAGAUUCUUCUGUGAAAGAAGAACUUAAAAGAUAUAUUCCAAUUCCUGCUUCUUUUGGUGGAAAGUGUAUAAGAGCAUUAACUAUUUUGGCUGAUUUCUUGGGUGCAAUUGGUCCAGGUUAUUUAAUUAAUAAUUUUAGGAACUGUAAUACUUUUAUCAGUAACUAUUAUUUAUGGCUAUUUGGAAACCCUAAAGAAAGAAAAGGAGUAAGGAACUCUAGAACUGUUUUGA